GGAAAGGAAUAGUGGCUGUGGAAUUAGGGCACUCGCCGGAUCUUUGACCGGCCGUUUGGACGGCCAAACGAUCUCCGUUUUGGCCCAAAUUCGGAGGAAGUACUCUAUUCGAUUAGAGGAACAAGCCUACGGUGGCUGAUUUCGUUUUUAACGGCCAGAUUCUCAGAUUUGUGGGUUUGUUAAACUUGAAAUGGCGGGAAGGACCAGAGGAGGAAGAUCAGAGAGGAAUGAGGAGUUGGAGACAGUAAGAGAAGAACUCCGAGAAGUCAGAAGAGAGUUGAGAGAAACUGUUGAAUUGAUGAGAGGCCAGGGUUCCAGGAGAGCAGGAGGUACCCAGGGCCAUGAGGAUUCAGGCCACUCACAUAGGAGGAGCCGCACUGAGAGGCCAGUAAUGAACCAAAUGGAAGCAAUGAAGAGGUUCAUGGUGAUGCAGCCUCCAUCUUUUAAUGGAGAGCCCAGUGCUGAAGCAGCUGAGCAUUGGUUGAGGAGGAUGAGAAGAAUUCUGGUGGGACUGGACAUACCUGAGGAAAGAAGGGUAGGUUUGGCAACAUAUAUGCUUGUGGGCAAAGCUGAUUUCUGGUGGGAAUCAAUGAAAAGGGUGUAUGACACUGAGGUUAUGACCUGGGAAGAAUUUGAGAGAAUCUUCCUAGGCAAGUAUUUUGGGGAAGUGGCUAAGCAUGCCAAGAGGAUGGAGUUUGAGCACCUCAUCCAAGGAACCAUGUCGGUACUGGAGUAUGAGUCACGUUUCUCAGAGUUGUCUCGUUUUGCUUUGGGAAUGAUCAGUGAGGAAGGAGAAAAGGCUAGGAGGUUCCAGCAGGGGUUGAGGCCUACUAUUAGGAACAGAUUAGUCCCACUGGCUAUAAGGGAUUAUUCUGAGUUGGUUAAGAGGGCUUUGUUGGUGGAGCAGGACAUUGACGAAACCAACCAAAUUCGAGAGCAAAAGGGGGACAGAAAAGGGAAACAGAGAAUGGGGGAAAGUUCCCAGGGGCCACAGCAGAGGCAGAGGACUCAGCAGUUUGAGAGGCGUCCCUCGUCCUAUGCAGGAGGGGGGCAGAUUGCUCAGAGGGCGGCUGAUAGAGUAUGUUAUGGUUGUGGAGCAGGAGACCAUUUAUGGAGGGCUUGCCCAUUGCGAGGCACACAGCAGGCUCGACCUCAGUCUCAGGGAAGUUCUCAGCAACAGUCAGUAGUGCCUUUCCGGCCUCCUCAGUUUCAAUUGUCUUACUAUCAGAUGCCACAAUUACCCCCAGCAGCAUAGGGAACCAAGACAGCUACCACGAGUCAGACCCGCUCUUCUCAGGGGUCGAAUGCUAGAGGUAGGGGAAGGCAGACAGCUGGGAGAGUUUUUGCCUUGACCCCAACAGAGCCAGAGGAGGACGCCCUCUUGGUGGAAGGUAUGAUUUUGGUAUAUAGUACUUGGGUGCGUGUUUUGUUUGAUACUGGUGCAACUCAUUCUUUCAUGUCUGCAUCUUGUGCUAAUGCAUUGGGGUUGAAAUCGGAAAGGGUAGAUAAUUUGUUACUUAUUGAAUCCCCUAUGGGUAUGAACUCUAGAGUUGA